AUGGGUUGUUGCCUUUCCCGAGAAGGGGACGCUCAUUCACCUUACUCCGGCGGCGAUGCGACCGGGUCAUCCCGCGCAAUCAAUGAAGAGGCUCAGGCAGCAGGCAGCUCUGGCUCCAAUACUGGCUACGAUGACUCGUCUUCGCGUCGCCGCCGCAGAUACAGCCACCAGCCGCUAGCGCAGCAUAUUAACAAGCCCCUUCGUCGCCAUGAUUGGACCAGCCAUGACCGCCUUUGGACUCCCGCUGCUCUGCGCCGGGAGAGAAUUGAGUUCUUUGAUACACGUGUCUCGGGCAGGCAGGAAAUUUGGCAGACUAUCCACGCCGCCCUGGAAGUCCUCUGGGCCGCUGAUGAGGUUGCGCGCAAGGGCCAGAGUCAAAGACUGAGCGAGGACGGCGGCCCAAGCGAAGAUGAUCCGGCGACAGCCUUGAUGACAGCGCAGAGCAUUCUGGAUGCUGCCGAAAUUACUCUGCCGACCGGAGAUCUCCAUGAUGGUGCCUACGAUGCCUUUGGCAAUUUCUAUCAGCUUCCCCGCCAUAUUAUCUCCGAUCCUACAAACUUGGUUUGGAGACCUGGGAUGACAGAGGAUGAUGACCUCGAAGAUACCAAGGCUGAUUUGUCCGGUGGUGAAACUUGCGAAGAGAGAGAAGAUGCCGAUGAGGCUGAGCGGCGCCGGGUGGAGAAGGGCAAGGCUGUUAUCGAUAUCCGGGACCAAAUUACUGUCAAAGCAAGGCUGAGCGAUACUUCCCAAGAUGUUGUCGUGUUUGCGGACAAGAAGGACACUGUCCGCCGUAUUGCAAGGCUCAUUGCCGAAGAGGCGCAGCUCCCUUCUAACAAGAAGAUCCGAAUUGCUUAUAUGGGGAAAAUUCUCCAGGAAAACUCUCCUCUGGAGGCACAGGGUUGGAAGCAAGGGCACGUCGUUAACGCACUGGUGUUUGACCGUUAG